CGGUGGAAAAGAGCGGAAAAGACGAAACGAGGGGAAAAUAAAUGCGGAAAAGCGUAGGACUAAAGAUAGAAACAGUCGGAAAUCGAUCGACAGCGUUGAUAAAACGAAACCUGGGAAAGAAAAGACAAGGAGGGUAAGCAGAAACAGAACGAUUCGCGAUAGAAGAAAAGAUAUGCAACAAGGACUUGGAAAUCGGUCGUGGCUGUACAUAAUUCUAAGCGGAAAAAUGUGGUAACCGAUGUGAUCGGGGCUCGAUCGACAUUCGCUGGAAAGGCCAGGUAUACGAUUUCUGACUGACAAAUAUUCCUCGACAUUUGAAUAGCCACGAUGCGUUAUGUAUUACAUUUCAUAAGCGCCAUUGCGAUAUAGCCUCUAUCGUAAAACGAAACACGUUACAAUUUAAUAAUCGAUCGUAAACGAUAAAAAUGAUCUCGUCGAAAGUUGUUACACGAUUUGAAUAUAUUUUCUUCUAUCACGAUGUACGUACUUGUUGUUGGAAGAAACGCAAACGUACGUAACAGGAAAUUAGUAGUAGGAAAUCUAACGAAUAAGCGGUAUUUAAGUGGGAACGAUCGGCGCAAGAAUUCGUGCAUAAUGAGAAUCCGAAAAAUCGGACGGAUCGUAAAAAAAACAUAGAUGGCGAGGUGCAAUUAGUUUGUCGAUUUUUUUUUUUUUUGUUACGGAAGAUCGAUCGUUCACGGUUGAAAUAAACUUUUCCCGGAGAAAGAUAUUCUAUUCGAGUGAAAAUGGAAGAUGUGACCGAUGAAAGGUCGAUGGGUCCUCCGCAAUAGACACUGUCGGAGACGUUGGUACACCUCGGAAAGGUAUAAAAGGCUCCGUCUAAGGACGAAGUGGCUCAGUCGUUCGAAAAACGAUCGAGGGUUCGGAAUCCGUCUGUCUGGUAGACCCUCGUGCGCGCCUCUUCGCUUUUUCCAAUUCUAUCAAACUAUCGUCCCCUUCGUUCUAACUACCUAUACUCGGAGAUCGGACACGAUAACCAUUCGCGUUAGACGUCGAGUUAGUUAAACCUGAUACUCGUACUACGGAAUCGUACUACGAGCCAAGGGAACGCGACGACCGAUACAUUGUACGAAACGAGAAGAGUUAAGAGGCCGUUAACGAGAGGGACGCGCGUGAGAAAGAAGAAAAUAGAAGAAGAGAAUAAGUUCGCGUGACUAACAAGUAUGGAGGAUAAGAAAUAACGAAGAAGAGAAGAGAUCGAGUGAACUGGAAUCGACAGAGGUGAUAUCUCGUUCCUAUCGGUUUUUCUCCCUUUUCUUCUUUUUUUUUCUCUCUUCCUUUUUCUUUUCGUUUUGCGAUCGGCAAAUUUGAGAACGGCUGAAGAUCGACGAGCGGCCAAAGAAUUACGAAUGCAGGAGCGGAGGUUCGAAAACAUAACAAAGUUCGAAAGACAAGUGUACGGAACAGGUGUAGAAAAAUAUUAAAAGAAGGGGGAGGGAGGAGAAAAAAUAAGAGCAACGCGACGAAGAGCGGGAUUAGUGGAAGAGGAAGAAAAGAAAGAAGGGAGAAAAGGUAGAAGAGCAAGAGGGAGGAGAAAGGAAGGAAGGAAGAGAGAGUGGUGAGGAGCGAAAGAAGAGAAAGAAGAGGAAAACGAGGUGCCGAGAAAGAAGGCCGGAGGAGAGGAAAAAGGAAGGAAGGAAAAAGAGAAGAGGCCGCCGAGUGGCAGUGGAAAAGGAAAGGAGAAAAGAAAGAGAGAAAGAGGAGAAGCGUGAGCAAGGAGAAUAAGAGAGGUGGUUCCGAAGGUGUUCCAGAGGGACAAGUUUUUAGAGUGCACUUGCUUUUCUUCGUUCGGGGGCAGAGGGUGAAGAAGACAACGAUGGCCGGAUGGUGGAGCCUCGGUGGUGCUUUUCUUCUGCUUUUUGGUAUUCUCCUUGCUUCCUAUUUGUACAAGAUCAACUGGAUCAAGGACCUAAGAUUCGAAGGUGACAACAAAAGAGUUUUAGCCAAUUACUUGGAAUCGAAAAAGCGUAAAUUGGGUAAGCUUCCUCCGGUUUAUCCGAACGGGUGGUUUGCCCUGUUAGAGAGUUCUCAAUUGGACAAGGGUCAAGUAAAACACGUAGCUGCUCUCGGACAGAAUUUUGCCGUCUUCAGAACAGAUAAUGGGACGGUGAGAAUUUUAGACGCUUAUUGCCCUCAUCUGGGUGCAAAUAUGGCAGAGGGUGGCCGUGUAAAGGGUGAUUGCUUGGAAUGUCCCUUUCACGGUUGGCUAUUUCGCGGUUCCGAUGGACAAUGCGAUUACAUUCCCUAUGCUGACAAAGUGCCACAUAUUGCCAGAACGAAAACUUGGAAAAGUUGCGAGGCUAACGAGAUCAUCUUCGUUUGGCACCACGCCGAGGGAUUAGAACCACACUGGCAGCCGCAAACGAUUAGUCACGUUUUAAACCGAACAUGGCGUUAUCAGGGUCGAAACGAGUUUCUUAUCAAUUGUCAUAUACAGGAAGUUGCGGAGAAUGGUGCCGAUUCGGCACACCUGAGCGCGGUGCACGGACCAGCGAUAUUUGCAAAAAUUGCACGUAUCUUCUCUGCUUUCGCUCGUCAUUCGUGGACGAACGUCAAUUGGGCACCGCAUAAUUCUUUCUUAGAAUCUCAAAACUCGAACGGAACCGAGUCAGAGAAACAGGACGGUGAAAAUUUAAGGCACAGAGCAUACAUGACUUUACGGCACAGACUGAUUCUGUUCGAGAAGUUCCAAGUUUUACCAUUGGACGUAAACGUUCAGCAAAUCGGCCCAGGAUACGUUGAACUCAUGAUGCACAGCUCUCUAGGAUCCAUGUGUAUUUUCCAAACGGUGACACCGAUGGAACCCCUCUUACAAAAGGUGACUCACGUACUAUACUGUCCACCAUUGCUUGGUCCAUACGCUAGUAUGUUAUUCCUAGGAGAGUGUUUAAUGUUCGAAAGAGACGUAGCCAUUUGGAAUCGAAAGAAGUUCGAGAAACGACCGCUCCUGGUCAAAGAAGAUAAAAGUAUAAUUGCUUAUCGCAGGUGGUACGCCCAAUUUUAUUCGGAGCAUAGUCCAAGUUAUCAUUCCGCUAUCAAAUCUUUACAAUGGUAGCGAUACCAUUCCUGUUAUAAAACAUUUUCACAUCUUUGAUAACGCCCGCUAAAUUUCGUAUCUCUGAUAAUUGUAAGAACGAUAAUAUUAGCGAUUAUAUUAAAUAAAUACAUUUUAGUGCAAUAAGACAUCUUUAUACAUAAACAUUGAUUUUAUUCGUAUAACGUUAAAAAUAUCUUAAGAAUAAUUACAAAGUAUAAUGUAUUUAAUCUAAGAAAAUCAAAUAUACGAAUG